AUGAAGCAGAAAGAUAUCAGGCCGGCGCCCUCGCUAAUCGAGUACAAGAACUUGCGAUUCCUCAUCACCGACCGCCCGUCCGACAUCACCAUCCAAGCUUAUUUACAGGAGCUUCGGAAGCACAAUGUGUGCACGGUGGUGCGCGUAUGCGAACCGAGUUACGAUACGGCGCCGCUGAAAGCUGAGGACAUCGAAGUGCGUGACCUCGCCUACGACGAUGGUACCUUUCCGCCAGCCAACGUCGUUGAUGAGUGGUUCGAGAUCCUGCGCGACAAGGCCCAGAAUAAGCCUGAAGCAGCAGUGGCUGUGCAUUGCGUGGCCGGCCUCGGUCGGGCGCCCGUCAUGGUCGCCAUAGCGCUUAUCGAGCUCGGCAUGAAGUACGAGGAAGCCGUCGAAACCAUCCGAGAUCAACGACGCGGCGCAAUAAACGCAAAGCAGCUGGUGUACCUGGAGAAGUACCGGCCCAAGUCGCGGCUGAAGAAGAACGGGCACAAAGGCAACAACUGCUGCGUGCAGUAG